AUGAAACCAUCUAAACUGCAAGAUCAUCUGAGAAGAUGCCACCCUGAUAAAACAGAGAAAGAGUUGAAAUACUUCAAACACUCAAAGAAGAGACCUACACUGGACAGAAUGUUCGCUUCGACGUCACAAAGAAAUGAUGAUGGUUUGCGGGCGUCUUACAAUAUCUCGUUACUUAUAGCAAAAUUCGGAAAACCGCAUACUAUCGGAGAGAAGUUAAUUUUGCCAGCCGUUGAAGAGGUUUUAAAAACUGUUUUACACAAACCUGCAUCUGAUAUCAUUAAAAGAAUUCCCUUAAGCAACAAUACUGUUGAAAGACGUAUUGAUGAAAUGAGUUCUGAUAUUGAAAGCUUCUUAUGUAAUUAUCUGCAAACGACCCAUUUCUCUAUACAACUGGACGAGUCAACUUUACCUGAUAAUGCAGCAUUAUUAUUGGCAUAUGUUCGUUUUAUUAUGAAUCAAGAAAUCUACGAAGAACUGCUCUUCGCAAGAACUUUGAUAACCGACACUAAAGAUUUUGAAUCUAGGUUUGAGGAUAUUUUGACUAUGGUAAUACCACCGUGGAUAAUUAAUCCAUAUGGUGACAUAGAAGAAACGAAUGUCAUAAUACAAGAGGAACUGACUGAACUAAGUACAAACGAAGAACUUAAGGUUCAGUUUAAAAACGGAUAUCAGCAAUUCUGGCUGCAAAACAACAUACCCGUUACUUAUCCCGUAUUAUGGAAUAUAGCGAGGAAAUUUUUAAUUUCCUUUCCAUCGUCAUAUCUAGUGGAAAGGGGGUUUAGCGCUGUUACCAAUCUCCUAACAAAAAAAGAAACAGACUGGACAUCAUUAGCCUUACAAAAUUGA